AUGAAGUUCACAACGAUCGUCUCGUCUGUCGCCCUUCUGGCCGCCCUCGCCGCCGCGGAGAGGACCGAGACCACGACUGACGCCCUUCGAAACAUUUAUUACAGAUGCAUAGACAACGAGUCCAUGUUGUCGUGCGUGAAACCCAAAGUCCUGGCGUACCUGAGUCACGCUGUGAAGCAGGACAAGCUGGCCAUCACGGACGACUUGGCGAUCGUGAAGUCCAGAGACUUGCCCGAAGACAGCAGCGAGGAGUACUACCCCGCGCAGUACGACUCCGUGGACCCAGCUAGGAGAGAACUGCUGAGGUCCUUGAUGUUGGAGAAACUGGACGCGUACCUGUCGAGUCACCAGUUGGAGGCUAAACUACCGGAAGCCAUCGCUGGAUCCGAUAUCGUACCGAGAUCCUUGGUGGACAGCAUGCCCACGAGCUUGACUGUUCCCCUGUCUGACUCCUCGAACGGUCAAGGCCGUGGAUUCGUGAAGAAAGUGAUGAUCCCGUUCCUCCUGGGUCUCAAGUUCAAGGCCACAGCCCUGGUACCGCUCGCUCUUGCCCUGAUCGCGCUGAAAACGUGGAAAGCUCUGACACUGGGACUCCUUUCGCUGGUGCUCAGCGGAGCCAUGAUGAUCUUCAAGUUCACGAAACCCAAGGUCGCCUACGAGGUGGUCCACUACGGACACCCACCCGUGGAGCACCCACCCCACUGGGACACGUCGCCCCAUGGACCCUACAGAGCUUACAGGAAAUAA